UCGAUGUUGGUUAUUAGAUCACCGAAUCUGUGAAUAGUAUAGACAUGGAUCAGUGUUUGAUAGUGUGUAUUUGUUUUUUCUUUAUAUAUUCCAGUGUUUUGGGAAAAAUUUUAGAUAAACAACCCGAUUUUGUUAAAACUUGCCUUAUCACAAAACCAAGAGAUGAAUUUAUCAACUGUUCGACGCACGCAGUUCAAAUAUUAUUUAAUGAAAUACCCAAAGGCAAUAAAGAUAUAGAGUUACAAGUUUUGGAUCCCCUUAAAGUCUCAGUUGUUAAGAUUCUUCAAGGUGGUGGAGGGCCUGUAACUGUGAACGCCUCAUUAACUGAUGUGACCAUACUAGGUUUUGGUAAUACUAAAAUAUUGUUUAAUAGUGUAGAUCCAGAAACGUAUGAUUUUUAUACAAAAUUACAUUUACCAAAGCUACGGAUCGAUGGAAAUUAUGAACUUCUCGGGAGAAUAUUAUUAAUACCCUUGAGGGGUAAAGGCACAUGCUGGUUUGAUGCGAGAGAUCUUAACAUUAACGUUAAAUCGGAUGUUAUUUUGGAACAACGUAAUGGUUUUCACUUUUUUAAUGUUACGAAAGUUCAUGUUAAGUUUAGUAUUGAUGGUUUAAAAUUACACAUGGGAAAUUUAUUUGAAGGAAUCAAAGCAUUAGAGGAUUCAACAAAUGCUUAUCUAAAUGCUAAUUGGAAACCAGUAGCUGAAUCUUUAAACCCAAUUUUGUCCAGGACUAUUGAAGAUAUUAUGAUUGACAUUUUACAGAAAGUAUUCGACAACAUUCCAGCUGACUUUUUCUUAGGAGAUAUUAUUAAAAAUAACAAAGACAGAGAAAUGAAACAAAAAAAUAAUUAAAACAACUAUACAGUACACACUAUUAAUUAGUAACACUAUACCUAGUACAGUAUUUUAAGUGAUAAUAAAAUUUUAGUAAUAAUUUAAUUAAUUUUAAUAAAAUAAAUUUUCAUACAAAUUUACUUUCUUAUGUUGGAAUUCCCACGGUUUUCAUGGAUUUCCCAAAAAACUCCAAAGUCCUACAUUAAAAAUUCAAUUUCCAAAAAUACCUAGCGUAUAAACAUGAUUUUAACGCCUUGACGCAAUACAGUCUAUAUAUAGUUUUCUAAAAAUGAACAAUUUGUUUUGAAGGUAUGGAAUGAUUCAAUAUUUUGGUAAGAUGAUAAUACACUACUUAAUAAGCCAGAUAUGAUAUAUUUUCAAAAUUACGAAUAUUUUUGUGUUUAGAUCGGUUUUGUUUCAAAAAUUACAUUACAAAAAUACAGUACGAAUAUAAAGUUUAAAAUCGUUCUAAAGUAGUCCAUUAAUUUGUUACAUUCAUAAUAAUUCGAGGUGUCUUGGAAAUCUUAAAAAAUGCCACAAGAAUAGGACAAUAACCCUGUAUAUGAUAGACAAUUCUUAAAUUAGAAUUAUACAUAAAAAUGCAAUUUUAUAAAUGAAACAAAUCCAAAAUUAAUUUUGGCAUUUGACUCAACUUUCUAUGACUCAUAUUUGAAAAAAAUAAUCGAUAAUAUUGUGAUUUUGGUUCUAUUCGUAUAUUCAAAUGACUUUGUAAAAAAGCCACAAGAAUAGGACAAUACCCCUGUAUAUGAUAGACAAUUCUUAAAUUAGAAUUAUACAUAAAAAUGCAAUUUUAUAAAUAAAACAAAUCCAAAAUUAAUUUUGGCAUUUGACUCAAGUUUCUAUGACCCAUAUUUGAAAAAAAUAAUCGAUAAUAUUGUGAUUUUGGUUCUAUUCGUAUAUUCAAAUGACUUUGUAAAAAAGCAAAAUCAAAUAGAAAGAUUACAUUACAAUAUCCCCCUUUUUAAGAAAUCACUUAAUUGCCACUUUAUUUUUUUGCAUUUAUUCAUCUACAGUCGGUAUAUUUAUCACUAACAUAUUUAAAAAAAGUCAAACUCGACAGAUAUAUCUGACAAGCGUGCGUUUAAAACUACACUAUGUUAUGAUUAAUUUCUAGUAUUUUACAUUUUAAUCUUAUACAUUCUUUUAAUAUUAAAACACGAAUAUUGUUUUUGCGAAUAUUAUUUAAAAAAUCCAUAAACGUAUAGUGGAGAUGAACGAAUGGGAAUAAACCUUAAAAUUAAAGCUACUUAGUAAAAAGGUAAUUCAUAUGUACCGGCCAUAAUAGAUCAUUAGUGUAACAGUCACACAGAUAGAGUUAUACAGUUCAACCGAAG